AUGAGACAAUUUCUUAUAGACUCACUCUGCGGUCAAGUUCUUCAUCGUGUAUCUGGUGGUCGCUGGUUUCGCCACAGAGAUGAAUUCCCAGACUACGUUGUACCCGAAAAAUACCUCCAAUUUACUGAAAAACAAGAUUCUCAAGAGGAAAUCGCAAAUGCAGCAGUACAUGAAUUGCCAGCUACAGACGACACCUCCAACUUCGACAAAGAUGAUGCUUCUGCUGACACUGUGGCAAACUCAAAUCUGAGCAAGUCAGAAUACAUUAUAGUAACCUGGGACGGCGACAAUGACCCUGAAAAUCCUUACAAUUGGCCAUUAUACCUCAAGUGUAUCAUGGCUUUCCAAAUUGCAUUCCUCACAGUCUCCGUCUAUAUGGGCUCGGCAAUCUACACACCAGGCAUUGUUGAUAUCAUGGAAAAGUUCCAUAUAAGUCAGACUAUUGCCACAUUGCCAUUGACUAUGUUUGUUAUUGGCUACGGUAUUGGUCCCAUCUUCUUUAGCCCUCUCUCAGAACACACUCGAGUAGGAAGAACUCCAUUGUACUUGAUCACAUUAUUCAUUUUCUGCAUGAUGCAGAUCCCAACUGCAUUAUCCACAAGCAUUGCCGGAAUGACGGUCUUGCGUCUUAUUGCUGGGUUCUUUGCAAGUCCUGCAUUAGCCACCGGCGGUGCGUCUUAUGGUGACUUUAUCACACUCCCCUACUUUGUAUGUGGCUUGGCUACAUGGUCCUUAGGUGCAGUGUGUGGGCCAGCAAUUGGUCCAUUGAUUGGUUCAGUCUUGGUUGUUCGUGGUGGCCAUAAUGGGUAUGAGAGUUGGAGAUGGACUUUUUGGUUUAUGGCAUUGAUCUCGUCGUGUUUCUUGAUCUUUGGCUGGACAUUGCCUGAAACGUAUACUCCAUACUUGUUGAGAAAGAAAGCUGAGAGAUUGAGAAAAUUGACGGGAAACAACAGAAUCAGAUCAGAGGCAGAGCUAGGUGCUGGAGAGUUUUCGUCUGCUCGUGCUGUUGUACAAAAGUUGUUAUGGAGACCAAUUGAAAUCACAUUGAAAGAGCCAGUGGUGUUGUUGAUUGACAUAUACAUUGCAUUGGUCUACAGUAUCAUCUACUUGUUCUUUGAGAGUAUCCCCAUUGUAUUUCAAGAAACCAAGCAUUUCCCAUUGAUCUUGAUGGGUGUUUCUUACACCUCCAUUGUCAUUGGUAUAAUCUUGGCAGGUGCAGUCUACAUCCCGUACGUGUACCAAAUCUUUACAAAGAAACUUAUCCUGGGCACCAUGGUAUCCCCCGAAGUGUUCUUACCAGCUUCCAUAGUUGGUGCAGCUCUCAUGCCUACAGGUUUAUUUAUCUUUGGAUGGACCGCGUCUCCGGAUCUUCAUUGGUUCCCACCUUUGAUUGGAAUUGCCCUCUUUGCCGCUGGUGCAUUUAUAAUCUUCCAAACCUUGUUCAAUUACAUGGCCUCGAGUUUCAAAGUAGAGUACUUGGCCUCAGUGUUUUCAUCUAAUGCAUUCUUUAGAAGCAUUAGUGCAGGUUGUUUCCCCUUAUUUGGAAGGGCCUUGUUUGAUAAUUUAGGCUCUGAAAAAUUUCCUGUUGGAUGGGGUUCAAGUUUAUUAGCAUUCAUUUGUCUUUUAAUGAUUGCAAUCCCCGUGUUUUUCUACUUGAACGGUCCAAAGCUAAGAGCAAGAUCCGUGUACGCCUAUUGA